GUGAAUCGUGAGUAUCGAACGUUUGCCCAAAGCUGUGAAACGUCGGGCUGGUGCAUUUCAUUCGUAUUUCUUGCGGCAAAACACGCGUCCAGAGGGAAAAUAACCUGUUCGCAUCUCGGCGCUUUGUGCAAAAAGAAACUUUACCCGUGCAUAACUCGGUCGUGGAACGAUUUGUACCCUCUGAUUCGGCUGAUCGUAACAUUUCCGGUGUGUUCUUUUCACUCCAGACGAACACACGGCAAAGACGAUGUAGUCCCAUUAGGGGGAAUGCUCGCGUAAGGUUAGGUUGAUAGCGUGUGUGUACUGAAAAUCGAAAAACCUGUGGCCACUUAGGUCCGAAAGUUGACAAAACAAAACGCCCUCCUUCUCCAGGCCCCGACCGUGGUCUACUUUCCGCGGCACCAUGAUAAACGUCGGCGCGGUCACGGUGGAAGCCCACUACUCGACGAACUACGUCGAAAACUAUCUCGAUUCGGUCGAAAACCUGCCGGACGAGGUGCAGCGGCAUCUGUCCCGUAUUCGCGAGAUCGAUGUCCUCUACCGGAGCCAUCUGCGGGACGUGAACAGUUACUACGAGCAAUGGAGCCUCAAUCAAGCGCAGGCUGCGACUGCGUCAUCCGGAGCCACGAAAGGCAGCACAACUGAGACCGCCGCUCCGUCGACUACAGGCACGGGCACGACGGCUUCAACAGAGCAGAGCAACACGCUGAAGCGGGUCACCUCCCGGAUACAGAAGAGUCUCAUCGCAGCGCAGGAGUUGGGUGACGAAAAGCUUCAAAUCAUCCAGCAGCUGCAGGACCUGAUCGAUCACAAAACACGCCAGCUAGAUCAGGAUUUCGUCAAUCUUGGCAACGAGUUCUUCGUGCGGCUGGAUUAUGCUCGCGACGAUAAGACGCUCGAUGGCGGUCGGGACGUCAAUGGCACUAGUUUGGUCGGUGCUGCCGGUGGUAAUGGCUCGAGCAACGGGCCGGGACAGUACGGAGUGACGGGCAAUGGAACGGCCGGCGGAUCGAACGGCUCCGGCGGUUAUGGCAGUUCCGGUGGCAACGGUGGCAACGGAGGAAUCGGUUCCAACUCGCAUAUCAUGCACACGGCCAACGGCACGAGCGGUAACGGUGUCGGAAGCACACUCGGCGGUGGUAAUGGUUCCGGAAUGUACGGUGGAAACAACGGCAGCGGUUCACUGAGCAAUGAGCGCAGCUCUAAAAGGGCCCGGCGGACGCGCAACGAGCAGACGGGUGGCUCGGCCAACGGUUCCAACACGCCCAACUCGAUGUGUGGCGUUAGUGCGAUGGAUGUGGACCCGAUCGAGGACGUUAUUGGUGGCAGUGGAAGCGGCGUCGGGGGAUCCGUUGGGUCGGGUGGCAGUUCCGGCAGCGGAUCGGGUGGUAACGGCGGUCAGUCGGGCAGUAUUGCAAUCUCCGGUGGCAGCGGCGGAACGAACGUUGGCGGUGGCAUUAAGCAGGAAUCGGGCAGCGGAGGCAAUGGUAGUGGAGGCAACGGAGGGGCGAGUGCAUCGGGAGGCAGCCAUAAUAGUUUAAGCGGGUCCGGAUCCGGCCAAGCGCAAAGCUCAACGCUGGGCGGGAGCGGUGCCAAGAGCGGCAACGGUGGAAACGGUGGUGCAAACAGUUCGAGUUCUGGCUCUGGAAGCAGCGGCAACGGUGGUAAUGGCAAUGGCGGCAAUGGCGGUGCAGGUGGUACCGGCAGCAGCAGCUCUCAGCUAAACAGUUCCAACCAAGGCAGCGGCAAGAAGGGCACCGGAAGUGGCAAUCACACGGGCAGUGGCAGUGGUGCCGGUGGUGCGAACUCGGGCAAGAAGAAAAAGCGCAAAACGGGCGGCCGUGGAUCUCAGGCCACGAGGGAAGCUCGGGAAGAUACGCCGGCGGCCGAAGAAACGAUCGAUCCGGACGAGCCGACUUACUGUCUGUGUGAUCAGAUUUCAUUCGGCGAAAUGAUCCUCUGUGAUAAUGAUCUCUGCCCGAUCGAGUGGUUCCACUUCAGCUGCGUUUCGCUAAUCUCGAAACCGAAGGGACGCUGGUUCUGCCCGAACUGCCGUGGCGACCGGCCGAAUGUGAUGAAACCGAAAGCACAAUUCCUCAAGGAGCUGGAGCGCUACAACAAGGAAAAGGAGGAGAAAACGUAGAUUGACAAUGGGCAAGUUCUACCCCCGUUUCCAGCGCGACCGUAAGCAAGCACCAGCCGCCAAGUUUCCUCUCCCGCCGACUGACGAAUGUCGUUCGGCUCAACAGAACAUAUUUUCAUAAGCGUUAGGCAACAGUUGUCUUGUUUCGUGUUUUUAGGCUUAAGCUUUUCUUCUCAUUUCUUAACCAUAUUUGGCUCUCCAGCGUGGACAACUAGACGAGGAUGAUCCGAUUCGAGGCGCAGAUAGGGAAGAACAUUCUUUCUUUUUUCUUCUAUUUUAAUUGUUUUCAUUUAGUUCGAUAGAUUUUAUGCUAUACAGAGCCUGCGCAAUGCAAAAUGGCGCUUCCUUGAGGGAAAUCGUAUUAAAUUGUACUGUGUCAGUGAUGAACCACUGCAAACAAAUGGCUUUCGAUGGUGGUCGAAUGGACUGGAAAGGCAACACGCUUCUUUGGUAGGAUUCUUUCUAGCAUCGCAGCGCUCGUUUUGUCAUUUGUUGUCUUUCAGCCACCACGCAGUACCAUUUAGUAGUGAUGCAUGCAAGCAAACGUGCCGCGCCAAGAAGGAUAAUAAAAUCGAAAACACAGUACACUAUAUUUAUGACCAGGAAUCAGUAAAGUAAGAUUUUAGAAGGGAGGAAAGUUUGAAAGUAAGGCAUUUUUGAAAGAUGAUUAAAGAAAAAUUUUAUCAAUCGGCAGAUUAUGAA